AUGGUAAAAAAAGUUCUUGCUCAGGACUUUGAGAUAGAGGAUUUGGGGCAGCUAAGAUAUUUUUUAGGCAUAGAGAUUGCAAGGAAUAAGAAGGGAAUUUAUGUGUCUCAUAGGAAAUAUGUUCUGGAUUUAUUGAAGGAUAUUGGAAUGUUAGAUUGCAAACCUAUCGAGACUACCAUUGAACAGAAUGUGAAAUUUGUUGAGAUAAAUGGAGAUACACCAGUUGCUAAAGGGAGGUAUUACAGACUAGUUGGGAAAUUGAUAUACUUAUCCCAUACUAGGCUUGAUAUAGCAUUUUCUGUAAGUGUUGUAAGUCAACACAUGAACAAUCCACAAGAGAAGCAUCUCGAGGUUGUAAAUAGAAGCUUAAGAUAUUAG